GUACGUUGGCCAUCAACGUCAAUCGUCAAUUCAUUAUAGCUACUUGUUCUAGCUACUUACUCACCACAACGAAUCUACGCGCGCACGAUCACGACGACACCGGAACCGCCUCCUCGAAUCCCAGCAUCCGCGUGAAUACAAAGGAAAAGCGAGUAGGAGAGCAGGGAGGAGCAGAAGAAGAAGAAGAAGAGCAAUGGACCCUAAACACCGCAAUGCCGCCGCUCUACACAAGCGCGCAGACGACCUAAUCCGGCUCUUCCUACAAAACUACCAAUCCAUCCUCCAACGCAUCGGCCCAUCCUCAACGUCCAUAACCAGCAACAACGAUACCAACAACAACAACAAUGAUGAGGACAGCAGCAAAGUAAGACAAGGACAAGGAGAAGAAACACAAAGGCAAACCCCAUACAGCGAAAUCGCGUACAGAGAAUUAUCUAUAAAAGAGGAUACCAUGAAUAUUAUCAAAGCGGCGCAAUCCUCAUCAACCUUAAUCCGCGAUCUACAAGAGCUAUGGCUCUUCGGGAGUCUAGAUACAGUUGCGGAUCCCGCAGACUUAAUCGAAGAACGUGAAAUGGCGAUUCAGAUUGCCGAUGUGAUUGCGGGGUUGGCUAGACGGGGUCCUUCUUUUUUUUCUGACUGA